AUGGACCUCGACCGGGAGGUCGCGGUCAUUGGGGAUGACACCCCGUCGCGGACCGACAUGUUCGAGCGGGCGGGGGCCGACGGGGGCGGCGGUGACGCCGUCUUGGGGGAGGUGUCGUGGAAGGCGCCGGAGGGGGUGGCUCGGACAUCGACGAUCGAGGCGCCGCCAGUGGUGGAGCCGCAACCCACUCCACCCACCGAGCCAGCGUCGGUGCCGGAGAGGGCGCCGGAGAAAACGCUGGAGAGGGCGCCAGCCUCAGGGGAGGCGGCCAGCGGGGAACACGCCCUAGUGCUCAGGUCAGGGGGUCGUUGGGUCGCCGGGUUGCAGCCGACACGGAGCGGGACCGGCGAGGUCUUCUUCGGGCCUCCAACCCAGGAGGAGGCGGCGAUGGCCGCCGUGACCCGGCGCCUGCGAGGGCGGACGGACCGGAUCCAGGCCUUCGCCCAGGCCGAGGUCGAGGCGACGCAGGAGCCGGAGCGCGCCAUGUUUCAACUGGACUCCUACCGGGUCGGCGUCUUCAACCGGCUCCUUGAGACGCACUGGUGUCUCAAAGAACGGCUCGCCGCCAAGGAGGAGGAGCUCCGCACCGCGAGGACCCGGCUGAUUCAGGCCAGCUUCCACUACGACCGGCUCAUUCCUGAUGCCGGUCGGCUUGGAGCCGAGGUGGAGAGGGCGAGGGCGCAGGCGACGGGAGCCCGGCGGGCACUCGACGAAGCCAGCCAGCUGCAGGAGCAGCUGGCGGGCGACAAGGGCCGUCUUGAGGCCGAGGUGGAGCGCCUCAAGGCGGAGGCCGCCAAGGUUGUGGAGGCGCAGCGGGCCCUUGCCGAGGCGGACCAGCAACACGGCAAGCUGGCCGACGACAAGGGGCAGCUCCAGGCCGAGGUGGACCGCCUGAAGGCGCUGGUGGCCACGGCGGAGGAGACCCGGCAGGGGGAGACCCGGUGCCGCGAGGAGGCCGUGAAGGCGGCCGAGGAAAGGACGCCGAGCUGA